AUGAGGCGGACGGCACUUCGCCGCCUGACAACGACCCCGCGCGUCCGCAAGGUCGCCGUGAUCGGUGCCGGGACUUUGGGACAGCAGGUCUCUUUCCAGGCCGCACUCAGCGGCUUCGACGUUGCGCUGCUCGACACCACCGAAAAGCGCCUGACCACCGCCAAGCAGGCGCAUGAACGCUUUGCGCGGCUCUUUGUCGAGCGCGGCGAAAAGGUUCGCGCCUGGCGCGUGCCGGCUGAGUCAAGCCUUAGCCCUCAAGCCGCCCUUCAACGGAUUUCUUACACCACGGACGUCGAUGAGGCGUGCGGCGAUAGCGAUCUGCUGUCCGAGAAUGUGCCCGAGGUGCCGGCAGUCAAGACUACGGUGUACGCUGAGCUGCACGCCGCCGCGCCGUCGCACUGCAUCUUCACCACAAACUCUAGCACCCUACUGCCGUCGGAUUUUGCAGCGGCGACAGGCCGGCCGGAGCGCUUUCUCGCGCUGCACUUCGCCAACCCCAUCUUCGACGGCAACAUUGGAGAGGUAAUGGGCCACGCCAGCACGGACGAGGCUGUCUUUGAGCAAGUCGUGCAAUUUGCCCGCGACAUUCACAUGGUCCCUAUCCGCAUUGAAAAGGAGCAGAAUGGGUACAUCUGCAACUCCCUGCUCGUCCCAUGGCUCAACAGCGCCCUGUGGCUCGUGACGAGCGGUGUCGCCUCACCCCACGACGUGGACCGCACGUGGAUGAUCACGAUGGGCGCGCCCAAGGGGCCAAUGCAGGUCAUCGACGUCAUUGGCCUCGAGACGGUGCGGAACGUGUUUGCGCACUGGGGCGAGGUCAUGCGUGACGAUGCCGCGGGCAAGCAGAUGCUCGCCAACGCCGCCUUCCUGGACGCCAAGCUCGAGGCGGGCUGCGCUGGCAUCAAGACCGGCGACCCCUCGUCCGACACCGCCAAGGGCAUGUACGACUACCCUGGCCCAGCCUUCAUGAAGGACGACUUCCUCGGCUGA